CAGAUGAUGGCUUUCAGGUGCAUUGUUACCAUGUUUCUCAAUACCUUGUUCAUCUUUAGAAAUGCAGGUCAACAGUUGCCAGCUUAUGUAAUUGAGAAUAGUCCAGGAUGUAUCAACACCUCUGUUACUUCUUGGAAUAUAUCGGAUAAUUUUCCCCUUAUAUAUCUUAAGAAGGAAAAUAAGAAUAUCUGUACGUUGGGUGGCAUACCUGGUAAGGACCCAUACAUUGACAUCAUUAUAGAAUACAGAGACAGAAUCUCCUGUGGAAUAGAUGUUAACCAGAAACAAACCUUUUUCUGCUUCACAAACGCAGUCAACAUUUUAGAUGCUGGAGUAUACUCUGCUGAACUGACGACAGGCUUAAUUGUAUAUAACAACACUCUUUAUGUCAUGAGGCCUCCAACAAAGCCCAUAAUAAGUCUACAGGGAGAUCUGAUUAACCAGAAGGCUCAAAAUCUGACUUGUUAUGCUGCAUCUACAUCUCUACCAGUGACGGGUCUACUAAUGACUUAUUCAUGGACAGAUAAUGGUGCUGCUAUCACAGACUCUAGGUUUACCUUUUCUGGACAAGGGAAUAAAGUACUGAUGAUAAAUAGGGUCAGAAAAGAAGACCAAGGGAAGAAAAUCCAGUGUAUAGCAACAGAGGACAAAGGAACAUCUUCUGUUCUGAGUGAUCUAACAAUUCUUGAUGUACUCUAUAAGCCAGAAGUGAGCACCCCUAUCUCAAGUCCAUACAAUGUUCUCGAGGGUCAGACAGCUACAAUGACAUGUAGUGUGACUGCUGCCAACCCUCAUACAGACAUCAGAUGGAGCUGGAUCAAGAAAGACAGUCCCAGUUAUGUCCUCGAUACAGGUCUCAACUACACAAUCUCCAACAUACAGAGAAAUCAGUCAGGGAUUUAUAACUGUAGAGCUACCAACUCCAUAGGAAUGUCUACACCAGCUUCAAUACAUGUGGAUGUACAGUAUAAGCCUGAAGUGAGCACCCCUAUCUCAAGUCCAUUCAAGGUUGUUGAGGGUCAGACAGCUACAAUGACAUGUAGCGUGACUGCUGCCAACCCUCAUACAGACAUCAGAUGGAGCUGGAUCAAGAAAGACAGUCCCAGUUAUGUCCUCGAUACAGGUCUCAACUACACAAUCUCCAACAUACAGAGAAAUCAGUCAGGGAUUUAUAACUGUAGAGCUACCAACUCCAUAGGAAUGUCUACACCAGCUUCAAUACAUGUGGAUGUACAGUAUAAGCCAGAAGUGAGCACUCCUAUCUCAAGUCCAUACAAGGUUGUCGAGGGUCAGACAGCCACAAUGACAUGUAGUGUGACUGCUGCCAACCCUAACACAGACAUCAGAUGGAGCUGGAUCAAGACAGACAGUCCAAGUAAUGUCCUCCAUACAGGUCUUACCUACACAAUCUCCAACACACAUAGAAAUCAGACAGGGAUUUAUAAGUGUAGAGCUAGCAACUCCAUAGGGAUGUCUACACCAGCUACAAUAUAUGUCGAUGUACAGUAUAAGCCAGAAGUGAGCACCACUACAUCAAGUCCAUACAAGGUUGUUGAGGGUCAGACAGCUAUAUUGACAUGUAGUGUGACUGCUGCCAACCCUAACACAGACAUCAGAUGGAGCUGGAUCAAGACAGACAGUCCAAGUAAUGUCCUCCAUACAGGCCCUACCUACACAAUCUCCAACAUACAGAGAGGGCAAUCAGGGAACUACAACUGUAGAGCUACCAAUUCCAUAGAAAUGUCUACACCAACUACAAUACCAGUAGAAGUACAGUAUGGCCCAACAUCAGUAAUGUUUUCCCCCGAUGUCAUGACCAUCAAUAAAACAGAAAACCAAACAACGUUCCCAAUUGUUUGUUCAGCAGUCUGUAAUCCUAACUGCACAUACCGGUGGACAGGUGUAACGACUGUAAAUUCAGGACUGUUAAACCUAGGAGUACUUAAGCGGACGGAGAGAGGGGAUUACACAUGUACAGCUAGCAACUCCAUCAAGUCAACUUCAAGAACAAUCAGUGUUUAUGUCAACUAUCCUCCAACGAUAGAAGUAUUCCAAGCCAGUGGUAACAGGACUUAUGAAGAAUCCUCGCCAUUCAGUAUCACUUGUAAAGUUGACAGUUAUCCUCUUUCGGACAUAAACAUUCUAAAUGUAGACACAGGAGAAGUAAAAGCAUCGGAUGGACUAACAGAAUCCCUGACAUACAGAGAAUCAUCUGCCAAGUGUUAUCACACUGCAAAUUAUGCCUGCAACAGCAAAAAUUCCUAUGGAAUUACAUCAUCAGUUGUGCAACGAAUAGUAAUACUUUGCAUGUAA